AUGAGAUUAAAGAGGUUGGCUUUUGAUAGUUGCAGGUUUCAAGGAGCUCUCCCUAGAUCAAUAGGUAAUCUUUCUAAUCAACUCCAGCAGUUAUUGUUUCAUAAUAAUCAGUUACAUGGAAACCUCCCUAGUUCAAUUCGUAAUCUUGUUGGCUUGAAUAUAUUGACAUUAGGAAGAAACCAAUUCACGGGAAACAUCCCUUCAACCAUUGAAGGGGUUAUUCCAUCAACUCUAGGAAAUUGUCAUCAUAUAUUAUCCUUGUUCCUUAACGACAAUAAAGUUAAUGGGAAAAUACCUGUACAACUUCUUCAACUUUCAAGUCUCUCCAUAGUAUUGGAUCUUUCUCAAAAUAACCUGUUCGGUUCACUUCCAAUUGAGGUUGGAAACCUCAACAUGUUGACUACUCUGAAAUUAUCUGAUGAUAAUUUUUCUGGUAACAUUCCUAGUAGCCUUGGUGGCUGUAGUAGCCUAUUACGGUUGUCCCUCAAAGGCAAUUUAUUUCAAGAUACGAUACCAUUAUCAUUAAAUUCCUUGAAAGGAUUGGCGGUACUCGAUAUUUCUCAUAACAAUUUAUCGGGGCACAUUCCUAGAUUUUUUGAACAGUUUAAGUUAAAAUAUUUGAACCUGUCAUAUAAUGAUUUUGAGGGUGAAGUUCCAAUGGUAGGAGUGUUCGUUAAUGAAAGUGCAUUCUCUGUUUUGGGGAAUAGAAGGCUUUGUGGUGGCAUUAUUGAACUUGGGUUACCCAAAUGCAAGGAGACAAGUAAAUUUACAAAGAAGCUUCAUCUCUAUUUAAUAGUCACAUUGAUCGCAUCCGCACUUUUCACCGCAACAUGUUUAGCAUAUGCUUGGUGUAAGAAGAAAAGAAAGAGCCAUCUUUCACAAUCGUCAACAUGCGAACGACACCUAAAAGUUUCAUACAGUCAACUUCUAAAGGCUACCAAUGGGUUCUCCGAAUCCAAAUUGAUUGGAACUGGUGGUUAUAGUUCUGUCUAUAAAGGAAUCCUUUUUGAAGAUAAAAACACAUUUGUUGCAAUCAAAGUUCUACAUCUUCAAAAUCGAGGAGCUCAAUGA